GGGAAUAAGGUCAUUUCCUAUUUCCUAUUCCCGAAUAGAAUAAUUUGUAAAGUGAAUUGAAAACUUCAAUUGAUCAAUCUACUUCUUAAUCCAUUUAAUUAAUCCAUUCAAUUAUCUAUUCAGAACCUUAUUCCUAAAAGGGUUUAGACUUGAACACUUCUAUUUUUAUAUAUCUUAUUCUCUUUUGAGAAAGUGAUAAGUGAUCAAAUAUACAUAUAUAUCUAACGUCUAUCUCCCAUUCACGAUCCAUACAUCUCGAACUCUCUCCUCAAAUAUCUUUCAAACAAUAAAUUAUAAUCCGGCCGUGAAAAUGAAUAGUAUCGAUGUUACCACGGGAAUGAAUAAAAAUCCGGAAGAUAGACGCCCCUCAACGCACAUCGCGCAUUACAAUGCUCCAUCACAUAAUCCUACCGCUGCCCCUCACAAAGAACGACGUCCUUCUACUCACACGGCACAUUACAAUACUCCAUUAGCCGAUUCCAAUCCUUAUCCUCUUCAUGACACAAAUCCAAAUCCACAUCUAGAAAUGUAUCCCGAUUCUCAACCUCCUUCCUACAAUCCCAAUCCCGAUCCUAAUCCCACCACAUAUGGAAAAUCGCACCCUCAGAAUCAAACUCCUCCGCAGUUUCAAAAUCAUCCUGAGCCGCAGUCACAGUCGCAGUGGCAGAAUCAAACUCAGAAUAGACCGGGAAACAAAUAUGAAAAUCAACAUCCGACUCCGUUGACUACGCUCCAGAAAGAACCGAGAUUGGUGCAUUGUCCCAGGUGUGGCGUAAUGGAAUACACGCAGGUGGAAUGGGUUAGUGGAGGGACUACUGAGUGAGUUUUGGUUUUUCUUUCUUUUCUUUUCUUUUCUUUUUCUAUCUAUCUAUCUCUCUUCGAAGAGGUACCCGUGACGGGGUAGUGGGAAAGGAAGAAAGUGGGGAUAAGAAUAAAACUAAUCCAAAUCCAAAUCCAUAGUAUCUCAGCACUCCUCUGCUGUUUCUGUUUUUGUCUUCCGUGCGUUCCGUAUCUUAUGACGAGUUUUAAGGAUGUUCAUCAUAAGUGUGGAAAUUGUGGACUAGUGCUUGCUAUUGUGAGUUUCUUCCUUUCUUUUCUUCUCCGAAGGGUGGAAUUCAAUGGUUUUUUUGAGAUUUGAGAUGGGUGCUUGAGUUUGAGCGUAAUGUGAUGUAUGUAAUGUGAUGAAUACAAGCUAAUGCAAUAUUUUCCGGUUGGUAGUGGAAAAGAAGUGGAAGGACGGAGGUUACUGCUGCUGCUAGUGCGACGGCUGCUUCUGGUGGUGUUGGGGGCGUUGGGGGCGUUGGGGGUGCUGCGCAGAAUUAAAUGAAGAGAUUUUAUGGCGAUAGGAUGGUUAUUUGGAGUUUGUUUUUGAGCUCUGACGGGAGCGGAAAGUUUACAGGUUCACAGGUUUAUAGGUUGAGUGCGGUAGAUACUGCUCAAUUUAUACCCAACUAUGAUUAAUGGAGUAAUUGAAUCAUCUACUUUCUCAGAUUGCUUACUGCAUAGAUGGUAUAUAAACAUAAAACAAAUCCUUCGGCGGAUCUGAUUUAGUCAAGCUUAGGUCGUGCUGGAAUUUUAUGUUCGGGUAUUAGGGGCCCUACUGACGUUCGAGGAUUACCAUUUGUUGUAGUUCUUAAUGAGUCUGGUCUAAACUGGCCAUGGGUGCGU